AUGUCCAAGGGAACACCUGGAAUUGAUAAUCAGGAUGUCAGGCGUGUAAUCAGUAAAUAUGAAGAUUGUAUAGAGAAUCAGCAGAAAGAGAUUGAAUUCUACAAGGAAGAAAAUCAGAGAUUGAAGGACAAUAUUGAGUUUAUUAUUGAAGAGAACAAUAGACUGUCUUCCGAGGCAAGGAUUAAGAAUGUCUCUCAGGAGGAUAUCUUCAGAAAUAUGGAUCAUGAGAAGCAGAUUCAUGCUGAAGCAUUAACAAAUCUCAAAUCUCAGAUUGCACUUUUGAAAGAAGAAAAGAAUGACCUGGAAAAUCUCUGGCAGCUAUCCAAGGAUACUGUCAAGAAUCUCGAGAAAGAGAUCAUCGAAUACAGGAAACUUCUCAAUGAACCAAACUCCAUCCUCAGCCUCAAACGGGAAUAUUCAAGGACAAUUAAGCGUUUAGAAGAGAAAGUAGCCACUCUCCAAAGUGACCUCGAAGCUGAGAAAUCCCUCAGUAGCAACCUUCAGCAGAGCCGGGAGGAUUUGAGCAGGAAAAUUGAAGUUAUCAAACUGAGACACUCUACAUCUCAGGAAGAACUGGCCAAAACUGAGCAAUUUCUCAAAAAAACCAAAGAAGAAAUCGUCGCAAUUAUGAAAGAGAGACUUCAUCUGGAGAAAAAUCUCCAUCAGAGCUACCUCCAAGUCCAGGAAUACGCCGAAAGGGAGACUGCAGCUCUGCAGAAAGUCCAAGAAGCCCUUAAUAUCGCAGAAUGUGCAAUAGCUGACAAAGGAAGGGCAGUAGCCAAAGAGGAAGAAAUGCGCGAAGAAUACGAGAAGUUGGCAAGCGAAAUGGCAAGGUUAAUCACCGAAGCUGGAGCCAAAGUUCAGGAAGAGAUGUCCCAGACUAAAUCCAGGUACAUUGAGAAAAUAAAAAAUCUCCAGGAAUCCAAUAAAAAGAUAAGGGAACAAUUAUCUCAGGAAGUAAAAAAAUCCGCGACUGUCGUAAAGCAAAUGGGUCAACUGGAAGAAAGAUUGAGAGAUGUUAUGCAGAAUAACACGAUCCUAGACACGGAUUUGCAAAUAGCUUCCCAAUCAAUAAUUGAAAUGGAAGUGAAACUAGAAGCCUUCCAGAGGCUUCUGAACACCGGCCAAAAAACCACGACACUCUGCGAAGAAAGAACCAAAGAAUUGGAAAAUUUCCUCGAUCACCAGAGAAAACUAAAAGAACAGUGGAAAAAUGUUGUGAACGAAGUAACUACCAAGUUGCAGCUGGAAAUAUCGAAUCUUCAGAAGGAAAAUGCCUCAUUGGCUUCUGAAAAUCUGAAAUUGCGACAGAAAUUGGACAAUCAAAAGUAACUAACCUGGA